GUUUUCAAACCAAAUCAUUCACAUACGAGUACGAAAACCUGUCAGUUCGAUGCUCCCGCUAGGCGUUCUAACGAUGCCCUUGAACUGAUACACACAACUCAUCAUUGGAAAUGAUCGUACCGCUAUCUUCACAUGAGAACGAGCGAUGGGGGAGACAAGAUCUUUGAUCGCGCGGGGUGAUAAUCAACCGCGAUUGUUUACCUUGCUGUGCGGUUUGCUGUUUGGGGAUGAUUAUCUGUUUUGCACUGGGAUACGGUAUUACGGAAGCGUUGAAAGCUUUUCUGUAGCAAAACGUGAAGUUUAGGUGGGUGUGUGUUGGAAGUUUACAUUGGACAACAAUGAGUGCGUAAGGCUUGCCGCUUGGAUGUUCCCAGUAGGGCACAAUUGGUAGUUGCAAGUGGCUGCAUCAAUUUGUUAGCAGUUUUGAGUCCGGAUAUCACUUCAACUAUUGAACUCUUGGAAAUGAUGCAAUAUUCCCGCUUGCUUUCGGAACUUCGGAGCAAGUCUGAUACUAAGGGCACACGGUCAAAAAAACGUGCAAAUCAUUGCGCAGUGCCAAAGCCCCCAGUUUUUGCUUACUCAUUUUGGGCUCUCCCAAAAAGAUCCAAACAUUCAAGCCACUGCCACACAACCACACUCGCAAUCUGGUGCCAAACGCGAAGAUAAUUCAUUAUCUUCGCAUCACCACAGAACCCCAACACACAAGCGUUCUCGCAUAUUCCGCUGUGGAUUAGUGUUUGGGCGACUCUAAUGCGUAUGUUUGCGUGUGAUGGUGCGCAGAAUUUCGGCACCGUUUUCGCACUGUUAUUGGUCGCUUCUUUCGGCACGGUUGCGUCAGUCGCGAACAACUCGUUCCCGAAGAAGCAAGUCUGCAUUGGUUUCGUUUGUGUUUUCCAAAAUGUUCCUCCUGUGGGCGUUGCCGCUCGCCCUGUAUCUGUUCUAUCGGUGGAGUAUCGCGACGUACGAUUACUUCGAGAAGCGUAACGUCCCGUACGUGAAACCGGUCCCAUUUUUCGGCCAAGUGUUGUCAUUCUUCACCCAAGGAAGGCACGCCGUUGAUGUGGCCUCGGAAGGCUACCACAUGUUCCGGAACACGCGCAUCUCGGGCGUGUUUACACUCCGAACACCGGCCUACCUAGUGCACGAUCCAACGCUCUACAAGCAGAUGGCAACUAAGGAUUUCGACCACUUUACCGACCACGUGACCGAUUUCCGCGUCGAAACGGAUCCCAUCCUAGCGCGGUCGCUCUUCUUCACCAACGGAGCGCACUGGCGGCAGCAUCGUUCGGGCCUAAGCCCUGCCUUUACCGGCAGCAAAAUGCGCAGUAUGUUCGGUCUGCUGUCCAAGAGUGCCGGUGACGCGAUGGGCCGUUUAUUGGUGUUUGCGGCCGGCAAACCAUUCACAAUGGAGCUGCGCGAUCUGUACUCCCGCCUCGGCAACGAUGUGAUGACGUCGAUCUCGUUCGGCGUGGAGGUAGACUCGCUGACCGAUCGCGACAACGAGUUCUUUCUCAAGGGCAAACGGUUGGCGCAGAUCGACGGGCUGCCGGGGCUGAAGUUUCUGAUGGCAACCACCAUCCCGCGGGUGUUUCAUUUCUUCCGGCUGAGCGGCAUGUACAAAGAUGUGAACGAGUUCUAUACGGAUGCGGUGGCGCGAAACAUUCAGCUGCGCGAGACGAAUCGCAUUACCCGGCCGGACUUUAUUCACUUGUUGCUGCAGGCGCGCAAGAACACGCUUGGUGCGGAGAAGCACGAAGACGAGGCGCUGCAGGAUGCUGGCUUUUCAACAGUGAAAGAGCACACGCUUGAGCAGAAGAUGGGCGAAGGGAAGAUGAGCUGGACUGAUAUCGACAUUGCCGGAGCGGCUGCUUCAUUCUUCUUCGGUGGCAUCGAGACGACGACGACGCUGCUCUGCUUCACCAGCUACGAGCUGGCCGUAAACCCGGACAUUCAGGAUCGGCUGCGGGCGGAAAUUGACGAACAGCGGGAGAGUUUGGCGGACGGCAGGACACCCACGUACGAGGUGCUGCAGAAGAUGAAGUAUCUGGACAUGGUCGUGUCGGAGGCGCUGCGCCGCUGGACACCGUUGGGGCUUACCAAUCGCAAGUGCACGAAGAACUACACGUUUACCAAUACGGACGGGUCGCAGGUUACGAUCGAGCGUGGUCAGAACAUAUCGAUUCCGCUUAAAUCGUUCCAUCUGGAUGAGAAGUUCUACCCCGAUCCGUUACGGUUUGAUCCGGAGCGGUUUGCCGACCCGAACAACAUCAACCAGGACGCGUACGUGCCGUUCGGGGCCGGGCUGAGGAACUGUAUCGGUUCCCGGUUGGCGCUGAUGCAGGCGAAAUGCAUUCUGUUUUACAUGCUAUCGAACUUCAUCAUCAAACCCGACACAAAACUGACCAUCCCCAUUGUGAUCGAUGAAACGUCGGCGGGAUUGAACGCGAAGCAUGGCUUCUGGAUGAACUUGGUACCACGCAGCGCGUAAGCGAGCGUUUGCUAACCAAGCGUGAUUGUGAUAAGAUAACGACGCAGUAAUACGAUACGCAGAGAUAUCUGUGUAUUUGUGCGAUAUUUGAUUCCAUGUCCAUUUUUGGUGCUAUCUUGGACGCCUAAGUCCUAUUUUGGUCAAUCAGUGAAAUUCGUGUGAUCAAGAGCUUUGGUUGAAAUAAAGCCCUCAUUUCGAACCUCGA